AUGCUGCACAACAGCGGUCCUUUUGGACCUAACGAGGUGCCGAUCAACAUGGGCGCGCCAGUAAACAUGACCCCGAUGACUGGAGCAAUGAACAUUGCGAAUAACAUUAGUAAUUUGGCCAAAAUCGGUCAACCACCCCCGGAGCCGUCUAACGCGCACUAUCCCGUACCAAGCUAUUCAACUUACGGGCAUCCACAUCUGAAUAUGAAUGCAGGCAUGAGUCCGUUUCAUAACUAUCCUUCUAUUGGCUUUCAACCGAGCUAUAUGUCACAAAGUCCAGCGCCAGUUCACGAUACAAAUUGGCAAAAUGGUAUGUUGCCGAUUAGCUUGAAUAUGCACAACAACGAUAAUACUACGAUUAACUAUUCCACGUCUGCAAAUAAACGAUCUGAAGCUUACAGUGAAUAUAAAGACCAUCAUCUAAAUAGUAAAGUACCAUUGAAUGUGCCUCAAGUGCACACUAAAGCAUUCCAUAAACACCUCAGCAUGGAGAACAAUUACAAUCAUUAUCCACCUUACAGCCCACAUCAGAGUAGCUUUAGGCACUAUGCUGACUGUAAUCUAGAUUUGAGCACUAAGUCAAAACUAGAAAUGGACCCAAGACGCAAAAGUUUAGAAACAACUGUCAAGUUAAUUGAAAAUAUUCUUAUUAACAGCACCAGAAAGAAUGAUAGUCAUACUAGUAAGGAAAGUAUUAACAACUCUUAUGUAAGUCAAAAGCAGUCAGAUCCUAGAGUCCCAUCAUGCACAAAUGAUGUUGAUCCCCUUAAACCUAGUACUGCUAAAUUACCUGAACAAACUAAGCCAUAUAAUCUUGACAUAGACAGCAGGGAUAGUGAUUCUGUUGAUGAAGUGAGAGCAGAGAGUGUAAUGGAAGAUAACAGCACCACUGAAUCAUUGAUCCAGAAAGAAACCUUACCAGAAUCUCCUAAAGAAGCAGAGACGGAUAAUGGUUCAUCAGAUUUAGAAAAUGAUGCCAAACCUGAAGACCUUACUGCCAAUUCGGUGAAAGAAGAACCUCAGGUGAACACGGGUGUUGAAGUUAAAGUGGAGCAAACAAGCUGGGUUGACUCUGAAUCAUUUAACCCAUUCCAAAGAGAUAUUAAUGGCAUGCCAAUGGAAGAUACAAUCAAUGCCAAUGUAGUUCAUGGUGAUCAAAGUGUUGAAGAAGCAACAGAGAAUAUUAAAAAUGGCUCGCAAGAGGAUAAGCAUUAUGAAUGUCCAAAUUGUAACCUGCUUUUCAACCAUCCCAAGAGGUUCCUAAUACACCAUAAGUGGCAUUCAUUUGGUCUUACAACUGUCAAAAAGCUGGAGUUAGCCAGAGAGAAGGAAUUGAGAAAAUCUCUGCGAAGAGAAGCAAGAGUUGUUCAACGAAUGAAUUUACAUGAGGUGAAAGAUAUGAGUACCGCUGGCAAGAAGUAUCCCUGUAAAGACUGCGAUAAAGUCUUCAGUGCACGGGGGAGUUUGAAGAACCAUAGGCAAAGAUACCAUCCUACACGAGUGAGAGACUGCAAAAUCUGUGGAAAGGUUGUCCUGGGUUGGAUAGCGCUCCGGGCGCACGUGGCCACGCACACCACGGAUUCCGGCUAUCAGUGCAGUGACUGCCCGAAACGGUUCAAAUACUCGCACUCAUUGGCGAAGCACCGCGACACACAUUUAGAGAAAACUCACGGGUGUGAGCAGUGCCCAAAGAUGUUCGGCUCGGCUAAACUGUUGAAAAUGCACAUGAAAACGCACGAGCGCGUCCUACGUGGAACCACCUUCCACUGUACCUACUGCGGGAAAGGAUUCUUCGAGGCAUACAGCUUGCAGGUCCACGAGCGUACGCACAGGAACGAGCGGCCUUUCCUAUGCGAGAUCUGCAACACCAGCUUCGGAACAAACUCCAGCCUCAAGAGGCAUUUGAAAGUGUCACACAGCACUUCGAAGCCGUUCGAAUGCCCCACCUGCCACCGGUCAUUCGUGUCGGAGGUGAUCAGGGAGCGACACGAACAGCGCGUGCACGGAGACCCAGACAGCUUCAAGUUCCCUUGCAACCAGUGCCCAUGCAGAUAUCUGAAAGCUAAGGACCUAAGAAAGCACAUGUACAAAGCUCAUCCAAAGGGCAAACGAAAGAAGAAAGUGCAGAGUGACAGCGAA